AUGAGUGCGACAGAGGGUUUAAAGAGAGGAAUGGAUGUGGUUGAUAUGGGAAAUCCUCUAAGUGUUCCAGUCGGCGGAGCGACUCUAGGACGAAUUUUCAACGUGCUUGGGGAACCUGUUGAUAAUUUAGGUCCUGUCGAUACUCGCACAACAUCUCCUAUCCAUAAAUCCGCGCCUGCUUUUAUACAAUUAGAUACAAAAUUAUCUAUUUUUGAAACAGGAAUUAAAGUAGUAGAUCUUUUGGCCCCUUAUCGUCGUGGGGGAAAAAUCGGACUAUUCGGUGGGGCUGGCGUGGGUAAAACAGUACUAAUUAUGGAAUUGAUCAACAACAUUGCCAAAGCUCAUGGUGGUGUAUCCGUAUUUGGUGGAGUAGGCGAACGGACUCGUGAAGGAAAUGAUCUUUACAUGGAAAUGAAAGAAUCUGGAGUCAUUAAUGAACAAAAUCUUGCGGAAUCAAAAGUAGCCCUAGUUUACGGUCAGAUGAAUGAACCGCCGGGAGCUCGUAUGAGAGUUGGUCUGACUGCCUUAACUAUGGCAGAAUAUUUCCGAGAUGUUAAUGAGCAAGACGUACUUCUAUUUAUCGACAAUAUCUUCCGUUUCGUACAAGCAGGAUCCGAGGUAUCCGCUUUAUUGGGUAGAAUGCCCUCUGCUGUGGGUUAUCAACCCACCCUUAGUACCGAAAUGGGUUCUUUACAAGAAAGAAUUACUUCUACGAAAAAAGGGUCCAUAACCUCUAUUCAAGCAGUUUAUGUACCUGCAGACGAUUUGACUGACCCUGCUCCUGCCACCACAUUUGCACAUUUAGAUGCGACUACCGUACUAUCAAGAGGAUUAGCUGCCAAAGGUAUCUAUCCGGCGGUAGAUCCUUUAGAUUCAACGUCAACUAUGCUACAACCUCGAAUCGUUGGCGAGGAACAUUAUGAAACUGCGCAACAAGUCAAGCAAACUUUACAACGUUACAAGGAGCUUCAGGACAUUAUAGCUAUCCUGGGGUUGGACGACUUGAUAAAUAUAUUUACAAGAAUGAAGAAAAUGGAGCAAAAAUUAAUAAAAAAAAAAUACCAUUAA